GUGGAGUAGCAGCAACAUGGCUGCUGACGACAAGUCCUCGUCCUCGUCCUCCACGGACUGGAGCGUGGAUCCGCCCGUCCUCUCGCCCACAAGCACAUCACAGCUGACCCACUUCAAACCCCUGACACCAGAGCAGGAUGAACCCCCGCUCCGCUCCGCCUACAGCUCAUUUGUCAACCUGUUUCGCUUCAACAACAAAGAGGAGGGACGAUCUCCCUCGGCCACUUCAGAGAAGUCGGACGAGCCGUCCCCUUCUCCCCAGUCAGAGAGGAGGAGCUGGUCCUCCAGUCCUUCUCUGUACGGAUCCAGGGCGCACCGGAAGCAGCAUGGCGAUCACCUGCGACGCACCUCCACCGCCUCAGUGGAUUGGCCAGGUGAACGGUGGAAAGCCGACGCUCCUCUAAGCAAUCAUGACCCUCGCACGGCCGUGCAGCUCCGCACCGCACUGAAGAGGCUGAAGGAAAUCAUGGAGGGAAAGAGCCAGGACAGCGACUUGAAGCAGUACUGGAUGCCAGACAGUCAGUGUAAAGAGUGUUACGACUGCAACGAGAAGUUCACCACCUUCCGCCGCCGCCACCACUGUCGACUGUGUGGCCAGAUCUUCUGCAGCCGCUGCUGCAACCAGGAAAUCCCUGGAAAGUUCAUGGGCUACACAGGUGAUCUGCGAGCCUGCACGUAUUGCCGCAAAAUCGCGCUGAGCUACGCUCACUCUGCCGACUCGGGCUGCAUCGGCGAGGACCUGAGCGCGCUGUCGGACGCACCCUGCUCAGUGUGCGUGCUGGAGCCCAGCGAGCCCCGGACACCGGUGGGGGGCCGCAAAACCAGCAGGAACAUCUUCCUGGAGGAGGACCUCACCUGGCAGAGAAAAACUCCUGUUGGAAUGAGGAAGAAUAUGAUUCACCAGGAGCCGCAGAGCGGCGGCCUCACGUCCAGACUGACAACGCUGCAGGAAGACGUUGGCAAAUCACCGGGGAGGAAGAGGUCUGCCAGCGUGACCAACCUGUCUCUGGACCGCUCCGGAUCGUCCAUGGUGCCGUCGUACGACAGCUCCGUCAGCCCUCCGACAAGUAGAGCCACGUCCGGCUCCAAGAGCGGCUCCAAACUGGACCACAGCGAGGAGGAGAGGAAGAUCCUGCUGGACUCCUCGCAGCUGAAGGACCUGUGGAAGAAAAUCUGCAACAACAACACAGGCAUGGAGUUCCAGGACCACAGGUACUGGCUCAGGACGUACCCCAACUGCAUUGUGGGAAAGGAGUUGGUCAACUGGCUUCUGAGGAACGGCACCAUCUCCACCAGAGCUCAGGCCAUCGCCAUUGGCCAGGCGUUGGUAGACGGCCGCUGGCUGGAUUGUGUUACCCACCACGACCAGCUGUUCAGGGACGAGUACGCUCUCUACCGCCCCCUCCAGAGUACAGAGUUCUCCGAGACACCGUCUCCAGAUAGCGACAGCGUCAACUCGCUGGAGGGACACUCGGAGCCUUCGUGGUUCAAAGACAUCAAGUUUGAUGACAGCGACACGGAGCAGCUCGCCGAUGAGAACGACGACACUAUGCCCAACUCCGCCAGCCCCAGCAAGAGGACAUCGGUCAGCAGCUUCCAGUCGGUGGUGGACAGCGACUCGGCCUCGUCCAUCAACCUCAACAUGGAGCAAAACAAUGUCAACUUCCACAUCAAGAAACAGUCCAAGUAUCCGCACGUGCCUCCUUCUGCUGAGCAAAAAGCUGAAUUUCUUUUGUCCGAGGACGGAGGACAGAACAUUGUCAUAAGCGAUGCCUUCAUUAAAGAGUCUCUGUUCAACCGUCGUGUUGAGGAAAAGGCCAAAGAGAUGCUGUUCACGCCACUGGGUUGGCACCACAGCUCUCUGGACCAGCUGAGAGAAGAGAACGGAGAGAAGAAGGCCAUGGAGAGGCUGCUCUCGGCCAACCACAGCCACAUGAUGGCGCUGCUGCAGCAGCUGCUCUACAGCGAGUCGCUGUCUCUGUCGUGGCGGGACAUCAUCGUCCCAGUGGUCCGGCAGGUCGUCCAGACGGUGAGGCCCGACGUCCGCAACUGCGACGACGACAUGGACAUCAGACAGCUUGUCCACAUCAAGAAGAUCCCUGGAGGUAAGAAGUUUGACUCCAUGGUGGUGAACGGCUUUGUCUGCACCAAGAACAUCGCCCACAAGAAGAUGAACGCUUACAUCAAGAACCCAAAGAUCCUGCUGCUGAAGUGUUCCAUCGAGUAUCUGUACAGGGAGGAGACCAAGUUCACCUGCAUCGACCCCAUUGUCCUCCAGGAACGAGAGUUUUUGAAGAACUAUGUUCAGCGCAUCGUAGACGUCCGUCCGACCCUGGUGCUGGUGGAGAAGACGGUGUCUCGUAUUGCUCAGGACAUGCUGCUGGAGCACGGCAUCACCCUGGUUAUCAACGUCAAACCGCAAGUCUUGGACAGAGUGCGUCACAUGACGCAGGGAGACCUUGUCAUGUCCAUGGAUCAGCUUCUCACCAAACCUCGACUUGGGACCUGCCACAAGUUUUACAUGCAGCCGUUCACUCUGGCCAACAACAACGUGAAGACUCUGAUGUUCUUCGAGGGCUGUCCUCCUCACCUCGGUUGCUCCAUCAAGCUGCGCGGCGCCUCAGAGUACGAGCUGGCGCGGGUGAAGGAGAUCAUCAUGCUCAUGGUGUGCGUGGCCUACCACUCCCAGCUGGAGAUCUCCUUCCUCAUGGACGAGUUCGCCAUGCCGCCCAGUUUGUCUCAGAGCCGCUCGUUCCCCUGCCUGCUGGACGGCACGUCUGCAGAAGAAGACGAGGAGGAGGAGGGAGAAGAGAAGGAGACAAACGGAGAGAGUCAGGAGAAGACCGCAGACACUGAAGACUCAUCAGCGGGAGGACAGACUGAGGAGGAAGGACUUUUCGUGGAAGCUACGUCCACUAGCGAUGAAAGGGACAGUCUUCCUGAAGCGCUGACACAGAGCUCGCCCUCUUCUGGACACCCAGAGCCAAUGAUGUCCACUCCAUUUUCCAGUCCACCUGCACUUCCUCUGGCUGUCUCGCCUCCGUUUCUCAUGGAGGACGACCAGGAGUUGACACUCUCGGACACACUCGUCCCAGCGUCUGAGGGGGAGACGAGAGAGGAGGAGGAGGAGGAGGAGGAAAGGCAGAGUCUGGUGAAGGAGGAGUCUCUCAGUAUGGAGGACGAGGACGGCUCACAGACGCCGACUCCCCGGCUGUUCUGCGAUCCUCUCCAGGACGAUACUGGGACAUUUGUGGCCGAGCAGGUGGCGUCGUUCGACGACCGUCUGAAGUCCAUCUCUGUCGUCUUCAAGCAGGAGCUCAAAGACAUCAUCCUGUGCAUUUCUCCCUUCAUCACAUUCAAAGAACCUUUCCUUCUCACUCCACCGGGCAGACACUGUCCCAGCAGGGAUUAUUUCCCCGAACAGGUCUACCUGUCUCCUCUCCUCAACAAAGACCUAAAGGAACUGGACGGACGCAGAAAGCGGCAGCUCCUCAAAGACUCCGCCCCCUCCUCGCUGGUCAUGGGUCAGACCAACGGCACGGCUCCGCCACGGCCCAUCGACGUGCUGCCCUGCCACAAUCUGACCAGCACCCGCAUCAUAGAGCAGCUCAACAGCAGCCACGAUCUGGCCAGGAUGCUCGCCGACUACAGAGCGAAGGGCGGUCGCAUCCGGCAGAGGGAAAACUCCGACCCGUUCUGCGCCCCCAGCGUCGCAGCAGUGGUCAGCGGCCAGAGCCGCGGCGGGGAGACGGCGGUCAGGGCACCGGUGAAGGCCGACAGUGAAGAGGAGAAGCCGAGUAAACAGAAUGAUAUGACGUGGGCACCGAAGCUGGACUGUCUGAACCCCGUCAACCAUCAGAGACUCUGCGUCCUCUUCAGCAGUUCGUCCGCCGAGUCCAACAACGCGCCCAACCCCUGCGUCAGCCCCUGGAUCGUGACGAUGGAGUUCUACGGCAAGAAUGACCUCUCUCUCGGUGUGUUCUUGGAACGAUAUUGUUUUAGGCCGUCUUACCAGUGCCCCAGCAUGUUCUGUGAAACUCCCAUGGUGCACCACGCCCGGCGCUUCGUGCACGGCAGCGGCUGCGUGCAGAUCGUGCUGAAGGAGCUGGACUCUCCGGUGCCCGGUUACCAACACACCAUCCUCAACUACUCGUGGUGUCGCGUCUGCAAACAGGUCACACCAGUCGUGCCGCUGUCCAACGACUCGUGGUCCAUGUCUUUUGCCAAAUACCUGGAGCUGCGCUUCUACGGGCACCAGUACACGAGGCGCGCCAACGCCGAGCCCUGCGGACACUCCAUCCACAAAGACUACCACCAGUACUUCUCCUACAACCAGAUGGUGGCGUCCUUCAGCUACACGUCAGUGAGGCUGCUGGAGAUUUGUCUUCCUCGUCCCAAGAUCUUCAUCAGGAACCAGGGACCGUCCAAAACCAACCUGCAGCUGGACGUCAAGGACUUCUCCCAAAAAGUGACGCAGGUUUACUUGGCCAUCGACGACCGUCUCACGUCCCUGAAGACGGACACCUUCAGUAAGACGCGAGAGGAAAAGAUGGAGGAUCUGUUUGCCCAGAAAGAUAUGGAAGAGCACGAGCUGCGGAGCUGGAUCGAGAAGCUUCAGGCUCGGCUGCAGGUCUGCGGCGUGGACUCUCCUCAGCAGCUUCAGGUCGUCCUCGAGUCGCUGGUGAUGAAGAAGCAGGGCCUGUGUGAGAUGUUGCAGUCCUGGAACAACAGGCUGCAGGACUUAUUUCAGCAGGAGAAAGGCAGGAAGCGUCUGUCUGUCCCUCCCAGCCCGGGCAGACACAGACAGACGGCGGCUGACGACAGCAAGGGCGCCCUCGACUCCUCCCCUCGUAAUCCCUCUCCUGUCGUACAGAACGGAGAAAAAGAGGACCGUCUCCUCAGCGCCAUGACCUCGGCGUCCUCCUCCUCCCUGCUGCCGUCACCAGGAGACCCCGGAGCUGAGCCCUUCACUCCCGGUCCGUCCUUCACCGAGCAGGACUCGCUCAGCAUCCCAGAAGAUGUUUUUGACGGACACUUGCUGGGCUCCACUGACAGUCAAGUGAAGGAGAAGUCCACCAUGAAGGCCAUCCUCGCCAACUUCCUGCCCGGCAACAGCUACAACCCCAUCCCCUUCCCCUUUGACCCGGACAAACACUACCUGAUGUACGAGCACGAGCGAGUUCCCAUCGCAGUGUGUGAGAAAGAGCCGAGCUCCAUCAUCGCCUUCGCUCUCAGUUGUAAAGAAUAUAAAACGGCUCUGGACGAUUUAUCCAAGGUGUCAAACGCAGGAGGAGACGAGACGCCGCAGGUCGUCAGUGCUGAGAGUCGAGCGAAGAGCAGCCCAGCCAGACCCAACGAGUCGAUCUCGUCCCUGUCGAGCCGCAGCAGCCUCGACACCGAUCCUCUCAAAGAUUCAGAUCUGACCGACAAACAGAAGAAACAGACUCUGAAUCCACACAUCGAACUACAGUUCUCUGACGCCAACGCCAAGUUCUACUGUCGCAUCUACUACGCCGAGGAGUUCCACAAGAUGAGGGAGGAGAUCAUGGAGAGCAGCGAGGACGACUUUGUCCGCUCGCUCUCGCACUGCGUCAACUGGCAGGCGCGCGGCGGCAAAUCUGGAGCCGUGUUCUACGCCACGGAAGACGACCGCUUCAUCCUGAAGCAGAUGCCCAGACUGGAGGUCCAGUCCUUCCUGGACUUUGCUCCUCACUACUUCACCUACAUCACAGGAGCCGUGCAGCAGAAACGUCCGACGGCGCUGGCAAAGAUUCUGGGCGUUUACCGCAUCGGCUACAAGAACUCUCAGAACAACACGGAGAAGAAGCUCGACCUGCUCGUGAUGGAGAAUCUCUUUUACGGACGCAAGAUGGCUCAGGUGUUUGACCUGAAGGGGUCGCUGAGGAACCGCAACGUGAAGACGGAGUCGGGGAAGGAGAGCUGCGAGGUGGUUCUUCUGGACGAGAACCUGCUCAAGCUCAUCCACGACAAUCCGCUCUACAUCCGCUCGCACUGCAAGGCCAUCCUGAGGGCGGCCAUUCACAGCGACGCCUACUUCCUGUCCAGCCACCUCAUCAUCGACUACUCCCUGCUGGUGGGACGCGACGACGCCACGGACCAGCUGGUGGUCGGGAUUAUCGAUUAUAUCAGGACGUUCACCUGGGACAAGAGACUGGAAAUGGUCGUGAAGUCCACCGGAAUUCUGGGAGGUCAAGGAAAGAUGCCCACCGUCGUCUCUCCCGAACUCUACCGAGCGCGUUUCUGUGAAGCCAUGGACAAAUACUUCCUGAUGGUUCCCGACCACUGGACCGGCCUCGGCGUCAACUGCUGAGUGGGCGUGUCCGCGGCGACGGCGGCGGCCGAGCAGGUGCAUCAAAACACAAACACUCUCUGAAACUCUGACGUCUAAAACUGGACCUUGUAAAUAACUUUAUCGAGACUGAAGCGCGACCACGACACAGCACAGGAUCAUUCCACUGACGCGCAGCGACGCCUGCGAGCGUCACAAACACUUUCAAUCUGUUUUUAAUCUGUUAUUAUUUAUCUGCUCCUGUGGAUUCUGACGAGUUUCUCGCAGGCUUUUCUGCUUUUUAUUUUAAUAUUAGUCCCAACGUUUCAAACAAACAAACAUUAGUGCUGUGCUUCAUUCAUGUAAUUUAAAGUUUGUAAAUGUACAGAGAUUAUGUAACUAUUAAAAGAUUAUUGACUCAGA